CUUUCGCAACGGACAGACUGUCCAGUCAGAUUGCUGACAGGGACGGACGAGGUCCCGAGCACGUCACAGCAGCACCCUUUCUAGAAGAAAAAAAAGCGGUGAUCCCAAGGUCCGGCACGAGCCGUCGUCGUUCUAUAUCUACUUGAUAUCGAACGUUCUUGACUGCAUCUUAGAUCGAUACAGAUUUACGAGAAGCACUAAGUGACCGGCAUCCACGGCCUGCAUCCUCCAUCAUGUGUAAGGCAGAGCUGAACGUCUCACUAAACGAAUGUCAGCACCGAUGGUACCACCUCCUGAGGCCGUGUAUCCCAGGGGGCAACCUCAACUCUUGUCCGGGAAAAUUAGCGAUCGAGGGAUGGGAAAUUCGCUGCGACUUCUGUCCGUUCUGCUCCAGCUGGCCACUUGAAAACGGAGAGUUUCUACUCUUUGGGGGUAGCCCUCAUUCUCGCAGCAGCUCCAUCAGCACGCCUUUGUCACGCACACCAAGCCUGAGUACGACCGUCAACGUUGCGCGGAAGGAUUCCAAACGAAGCAACCUUGCUCGAAGCGGGAGCGAAACAAGUAUCUCCAACGCAGCACUCGGCAGCCCUGUCUUUUCUGCGGGCGAGAAAAAUAAGGCACUAAACUCCCGUGUGGACACAUACUUCGAAAGCCAGCCUGAGAACUUGUUGGAGGCGCGCUCGAGGCGCACACUCAACAGCGGCUGGGGCGGACUGCCUCGCGCCGACGAGACGGAAGAAGAGAAGAAGUUCGAUCGCCGGAGCUCCGAAAGCACUAAUAGCUCCAACACCGUCUUACGCGAUGCUGUCGGCAGCAAGGCAGCCAAGGCCUGGAGGGCUGCUCGACGCCGAAGCAAGGACGUGACCUCCUUUUUCCGCUAAUGCCCGAAAGAGUUGCUUUCCAGGGAACAUUCGACCCCGGCAUUUGACAGUGUUAUGGUUAGGUCUUCCAUUGCGUUUUAUGUUUCCUGUUCCUUGUAUCGGGUGGAUAAAAGUCUCAAGCCCCCUUUCACGCGUGAUAUCCCAUGGUUAUCUCUUCUUUCCGUCUGCAACAUGUAGCCCUGACUCGUUCGGUUGAGUGUCGAUGGCGCUCCCGAGAGUAGUUGUACUUGUACAAUAGUAUCGGCCACGGACAAUAUAGAACUUCCUCCUGACCUAUUCAAAC